CAAUACCUAGCUCCAUUUACGGCCACGCAUCGCAACCAUCACCUGAAGUCCUUCAGAACCUGGGCACGGAGAUCGCUAAAAAUAUGGUCAAGCUCAGCAAAGAAGCCAAACAGCGGCUCCAGCAAGUGUUCCAGUGUGGACAGUUUGUUGUCCGGUGGGGUUUCAUCCCCACGGUUUUGUAUUUGGGAUUCAAACGAGGAGCAGAUCCUGGCAUGCCUGAGCCCACACUAAUAAGUUUGCUGUGGGGCUGAGAGUUGACAGUGAGGACCAUGAGAGAUUGUGCCACUGACCGUAAGCCAUCUUCACCACACCAUCACCUCCACCCCAUGGCUGCUGGGCGAACCGCAUGGCCACACCAGGCACCUCUUGAGAGGACACGGCACAGCCAACUGGACUUCUGACUGCACGGGAGUAGUGUCCACUAAAGGACAACCUUAAUCUACAGCCUGGCCAUAUACAUCAGUGUCGCUCUGUCCCCUAAGAGACUGUUUGUUUUUUUUGUUUGUUUUUUUUAAAUACUUUACUCUGAAAGUGUCAGCAGGUGUAGGUAAUUAUGUCCAUGUGGUGCUUUUCUUUGUCAUCGAGGAUUGUGCCCUAUACAUGUCUGUCCAUUUUGAUAAGCGUCUGUGUUUUAUUUGCCCAAUAAAUUCCUUCAAUGUGGAUAAA